GCUCCAAGUUUGUGUCGGGGCGGAGGUGCCGCCGCCGCCGCCCGCGGGCAGCUCCCGGCCCUGCGCGCUCCCUUCUCCGCCGCCGCACCGCGGGGUUCGGCCCGGCCGAGCGCCGGAGGGACAGUGGUCCGGCCACGGCGGGACGCGGGCGGCGGCGCUGAGGGUGGGGUGUCGGUCCCCGAGCGGGCGCAAUGCGGUCCCUGAACAUCACCCCGGAGCAGUUCGCGCAGCUCUUGCGGGACAACAACGUGACGCGGGAGCAGUUCAUUGCUCUCUACGGGCUGCAGCCGCUGGUGUACAUCCCGGAGCUGCCGAGACGCACCAAGGUGGCCUUCGUCCUCAUCUGCGUUCUCAUCUUCGCCCUGGCGCUCUUCGGCAACUGCUUGGUGCUCUACGUGGUGACCCGCAGCAAAGCCAUGAGGACCGUCACCAACAUCUUCAUCUGCUCCCUGGCGCUCAGCGACCUCUUCAUCGCCUUCUUCUGCGUGCCCUUCACCAUGCUGCAGAACAUCUCCUCCAACUGGCUCGGCGGUGCCUUCGCUUGCAAGAUGGUGCCGUUUGUUCAGUCCACUGCUAUUGUAACUGAGAUUCUUACAAUGACCUGCAUUGCUGUGGAAAGACACCAGGGAAUUGUCCAUCCACUAAAAAUGAAGUGGCAGUACACAAAUAAAAGAGCUUUCACGAUGCUUGGCAUAGUCUGGUUGCUGGCUCUUAUUGUUGGGUCACCCAUGUGGUACGUGCAACGGCUUGAGGUUAAAUAUGACUUUCUAUAUGAGAAAGUGCAUGUUUGUUGCUUGGAAGAAUGGGCCAGUCCCAUUUAUCAGAAGAUAUAUACGACCUUUAUUCUUGUUAUACUCUUCCUUCUUCCACUGAUGCUGAUGCUUUUCUUGUACACUAAAAUUGGCUAUGAACUCUGGAUUAAGAAACGAGUGGGAGAUGCUUCAGUUCUUCAAACCAUUCAUGGGAAUGAAAUGUCUAAAAUAUCAAGUCUGUUGGGCCCCUUUCCAUGUGAUUCACAUGAUGAUGGAGUACAGUAAUUUUGAGAAGGAGUAUGAUGAUGUGACAAUCAAAAUGAUCUUUGCAAUUGUCCAGAUCAUAGGAUUCUUCAAUUCUAUUUGCAACCCUAUUGUGUAUGCUUUCAUGAAUGAGAACUUCAAGAAAAAUUUUCUGUCUGCCCUCUGCUUCUGCAUUAUGAAAGACAACACAUCCCCAAGCAGGCAACUUGGCAACUCAGGAAUUACCAUGAGAAGGCAAAAGCCAAGUGCAUCUCAGAGAGAUCUCAUGGAUUCUGAUGAAGGCAGGAGGGAAGCAUUCAGUGACGGCAACAUCGAGGUCAAAUUCUGUGAUCAGCCAGCUUCCAAAAGGAAUUUGAAAAGGCACCUGGUCCUGUUCAGCUCUGAGCUUACUGUACACUCUGCAGUAGGAAAUGGACAGUAGCACCAGAAAGGGUUUGGGAAUAGAGAAGUCAUUCUCUUUAUGAUCAUUUCAAUAAGCCAUUUAAAAGAGUUUGCUACUGUGCAUGCUGAAAUGAGGAGGGAAAAUGAUGUGUGGACUCUAAUAAUGUUGGGAUAGUGACUGAGAAAAUGUAAUAUUUAUUUUAUAAUUACAAGGAGUAAAACUUUGGAAAAGAACAUUACUGUGUGAUUUCCAGGAGAAAAAAAAAUCUUCCUGACCUAAUUUAGGGCUUGUUCGCUGUCUGCUUUAGGUAAACAAAACAACUGCUGCUUGCUCCAUUUAUUGUGUGUCUGGACUGUACACAGCUGAAUGCCAGAGGGCAGGAACUAUGGAGAGAAUGUGCACUGUUUUGGGACAAUUUGGAAGUCUGACAUGGGGCUGACAUUGUAAGAUCUACUUGCUGCAGCUUUGAGGACUGCUCAGCUUCCGAUCUGAGUUCAGGAAAGAUGAAGACUGAGAUGCAAUUCUAUUUAAGGAAAAAAAAAAAAGGAAUAUGAAAGAGUUAUCCAGAUCAUGACUCUGAAGAGGUUUAAGUUUUAAACAUCGCAUGCAUGUUCAGAUUUUGUUAACAGGAAGCAUAUUGGUAAUUAACAAUGCAUGAAUAAUUAAUGUGCUCUUUUUUACAGAUUUAUUCUUGGCUACAAAUUUAAAUGCCAUUGUACUGCCCUGCAAACUGCAGUGUUCUGCUGGAAAAUGGAGAAGCUGAAAAAGUGCUGUACAAGAGAGUCCAGAUGCAGGAGGUGUGGUCUGUAGAGUAAAUACUGAAUUGAAUUUCCAGUCAUGCUUGGACAUGUGACUCUCAUGCUUGGACAUGUGAAAGGGUGGUGUUGCCAUUUUCUGGAGGGUUAUAGGGGCCUGAUCCAGAGCCUGUUGGGACUUCACAGGAGACUUUCAAUGGACUAUCAUGGUCUUUUGACUUCUCUGAGGACAUGCUUGUAUUUUUCAGUCUGUCCAUCAUCUUCAAAGGGGAUUAAUUGCUGUCUGAGAACAGGGCCAGUGCUUUGUUAUUUUAGGCUUCACAGUAAAUUGUGGGGUUGAUAUCCAUAUAAAUUCUAAAUGUUUUUGCUCUCAGUGGGUCAAACUGCAAAAUUGCAAAGGUAUGUUUACAAAUGUGGACUAGGGGAGAAGUGUGAUCUAAAUUGGUACACUGGGAUCUGAUCCCAUAAAUGAGGCCUUGAAAUAAGAAUGUGCCACUUCAGAUGAGGUUAGGUUGGAUCCUUUAACAGCCUGUAAAAAAAUCAGUGCUCUCUUCUGUCACCCCCUGCCUCAUCUGUGGGACCUUCAUGCUGCCUUGGCAGUCAAUAUAAGAUUCUUUUACAUUGCUACUGUACACUUCAUUGUAAAUGAAAACUUAGGGUAAAAUA